AUGGAGGCAGAGACGCCCAACGAGGGCGGUCGGCGCCGUGACCGACUGAUGGGCAAGAUGUUUGGCAAACAGAGAACCGCAGAGAAAGAGCGCGAGCGCCAGUACAAGACGGAACAGAGCGCCAACGACCUCUCUGCCUUUCUGGGCAAUUCCGACCGGCUGCAGGUUACUCACCCGCCCCCUCCUCCGCCCGUUCAUGGCCACCGUGAUUUCGAGGCAAGACAGCCCCAACUGGCCCUGGACACCAGCCGGGCCAUGCGCUACCCUGGUGCUCUGGACGUUGGUAACGACGGACAGCAGCUGGCUUAUCGUUCUAGAUCCCACAGUCCGCCCAGAAACCGAAAGAACAAAGGUCUGGUGGUACGCUUUGCCGACAGCUACCCCGAGGUCAUAGGUGAAGGCGGUGACGAGUGUGAGACCAUUGUGGCAGAAAUCGGAAGGAGAAAGAGGUCCAAGUCUGCUCCGCUCACAGCACCAUCGCAAUCUUCCUUGAAGAGCUAUGAGCAUUCCCGGCAAGGAAGCGACACGCGAGCCGUCUCGCCCAGGAAGGAGCCCAAUGACUUUGUGCCUGGCCCCAUGAAGCGGACACAGACCGGAUUCUCUACGAUUGGCGAUGAGCCCAAGCAGGAUUCUUUGGCGCCGAAUCUCCAGGCCUCUCCCCAGCCGAGGACUUUGCCUGCCGGAGAGGUCACCAGAUCUCGGUUCUUGGAGACGUCUGACCGCAAAGAUGAAGCUAGGAGGUCAUUCAUUGAGAUACACCAAUAUGAGCAGAGACAAGCCGAAGGUAUGGCCUUUGCCCAGGCAAGAUCUGCCAGCACGGAUUCUCAUCAGGGAUGGGACGAGGGCGAGUCAUCUCCCGAACCGGUUCGUACAACACAACCAAGGCCUCCCAGGGACCUGCCUACUAUUCCAAUAAUGCCUGAAGCCCCCCAACUUCCUCCUGCCUUUACUGGAUCCUCCGAGCGCGAGUCUUCACCAUCACCCUUCCGAGCGCAGUCUACAAGAAAGCCGCAAUAUCAGCCAAUGCGCCACGAAGAUCGCCCGCCCAUGCGAGCUCUAUCCACAAGAACACAUAUUCCACCACUAAUGGAAGAUCACACACAGCCUCAGCAACCACCAAUGGCGCCGCCGCCGCGAAAUCCUACCCGGAGGUCUCCUUUGCCACCUGUCUCGCCGUCCAAGAAUCCCAGUCCUUCUUCUCUUGAAUAUCCGCGCAAAUCCCCUUUGCCACCAAUUUCCACAGAUGUAGAGACGCCACCAGCCUUUGCAAACGAAGUACCAUCUGCACGGGCGUCGGAGAUUGACGAGUUGCGCCUGGGCUCAAAAAUUGAUUCUGACAGCCCUUCGUCGACCUAUUCAGGAUCAAUCUAUUCUACUUCGGACAUGUCACAUAAAGCCACACCUAUCACGCAGAAUCCACGUGACAGAGGUUGGAGUGCAUCCGCAGAUAAGGCCCCGAGAAAGCUUUCGUCACAGCCUCCAGAGAAUGAGGGAGCGUAUGAUGAGUUUAUUGCACGAACGAAACACCUCUAUGAGCUCUUCCGACUCCAUGCCGAGCAAUUCAAAUCACUGGGUAGUUCCAAACCCGACGACAUGUGCCGCGCAGCACUUUGGUGGUUUCUCAAAGGCCGCAUAGCACUAGAGACAGCCAUGAGAAGUAGAGGCCAAGAAGCGGAUGAGACUAAAAGUCUCAUGAACAGAUAUCAGGCAUACACUGAUUUGACAAAGAGCUACUGGCUUACAGAAGUGGCGCUUCCAGAAAUCGCCGACGGCAAGUUCAGUACGACCGAGGGCGAAAUUGCUGAAGUCAGGCAAGUCCUCGCGACAAACCUCAAGAAGCUAGCAGGAUCGAUGAAGAGAAAUGCUUUACUGCCACCUGAGGAGCCGUUCAUGCCACAAAUGAUGGAUAAAUCAAUCUGGAUUGAGUACCCAGUCUUGAGCCAGGAUAUCAUUUCCCUUUUGAACGGCAAUUGGGGCUCACUGCUAGUGGCAUCGCAACAAUCGGCCAAGCAAGUUCCUUUGGUCGAGACACUCCCGCUGGGGGAUUCGCCUACGCUCUUCAAUUACGGACGGGUGAAGGCCGAUGUCUACCUCAUGGAACAGGGCUUGGAAUCGAUGCACACACAUUUCUCCUGCAUGCUCUCCAUCAACCGGCAGCAGAAGGACUCGACACUCAUGUUUACCGUGGCCAGCCAAAACGGCACUGUUACUCUGUGUAUACAAGCAGACAAGAAUGCCGGUCCUAGUUGGGACAAUGUGAAAUGGCGCACUGACAAGUGCUCGCUGGAGCUCAAGAUGCCGCGUGGCUUCAUGGUAGCUAUUCAGUGUUCUCAAACAGAUUUCCGCAUGCUCUGGAACAUAUUCGAUUUCAACGCCAAGGUACAAAGUUAUUUGUAUCCACGAAAGGAGGAAGUUGUCGCUUUCCAAUCCAAGCUGAGGGGUUUCCACUAUUUCGAUUCCGACCCUCAAGGACGCACCUUUCCCAAAGAGCCCGUAGGCCAGUGUGAAAUUGGCCUGUAUGAGAAGCUUCUCAAGGAAGGAAGCCCUACAGGCCCGAGAACUUUCCACAGAGGUUUCCGUCUUGCCAUAGUGACCGGACCAAGAACAAGAACUCUGAGCGGUGUCACGCAUCUCUAUCCACCCUCCAUGCCUAUUCAGUAUGCCUAUCUUCGAGGCGAACAACGCGAGCCAAUGAUACAAUUGUCUUACAACGAUGGCAAGGCCAAAGCUCGGAUGGUGCUCAUUUUCAAUGAUGAUAAGGAGAGGGAGAAGUUCAUAUCGCUCCUCAAGGGCAGCUAUGUUCACAGCGACGAGGAAGUAGUCACCGAAGUUCCAAUCCAGGGGUUCAGCAUGACAGAAGGACUCCAAGACACCAAAGCUAGUUUCCCGGCUCUGCAAAGGCUGCCCUGGCAACAUGCCCGGAUCAUCAAUGAUCGAUAUGCUGGUGAUGUACCGCCUGUGGUACUAGCCGAAAAGCUGCGUCUUGAACUCAACUCGAUUGACGCAAAGGGAGCAUCAGUAGGUACAAUUGUUGACAGAGUAAACAUGGCGCCGGGAGAGUUCAAAAUCAGGCUUGGCACCAAGGACAUCCUCACGCUUCACGUUAUACGGAACCCGCAGGUUGAUUUGACCACAUCCGUUUUGGACCGUCCAGGACUGACGGAUGCCCCACGCGAGUUUGCUACCCUGCAGAGUACCGUGGCUCGAUCUCCGACUGUCAGAACUUAUAGAUUCAACUCGUUCAAGGAUCUGCACGCCUUCCAGAAUGGUAUGACUGGCUACACUGUGGUCUUUGAUGGUGUGGCUUCAUCGCUGAAUAUUACCCGUCGGCGCAUGGUUGUGCCUGUGCACAAAAAGUGGGAAUCGGGCACGGCACGAAUUCAGGUAGCCCACCACGCACUAGACGGAACGGUUCAACUCCUGGCAUUUUUCGAGGACUGGAUCCAUGGCCAUUGUAUGGGAUUUGUGCUCAAGGGCACUGAUGUGUACGAGGCGUCGGGUAAGAUGGGUAAGGCAGCUAUCAAGUUUGUGGAAGCCAAGUUCCCGCUACCAAAGGGCGGGGAUGGAGGUGAGAAGCGAGACGAAGACCGUUUCCUUUGCCUCGACAUGCCAGACUAUGCGGGCGAGCACGACGAUAUCAGCAUCGUGUUCGAGGACGAAGGCGAGAGAGACAAGCUCUGCGCCGUCCUACCCGCACCGGUCAAGGGAGCAAGACUCAGCAAACUAGGCCGAUGA